AAAGACAGGAUGGGCACCACUGGAAAAGUUAUUAAAUGUAAAGCAGCUGUGCUAUGGGAACAGAAGAAUCCCUUUUCCAUUGAGGAAACAGAAGUUGCCCCAUCAAAGGCUAAAGAAGUCUGUAGUAAGACUUUGGCCAUGGGAAUCUGUUGGACAAAUGAGCACAAGACAAAAGGAGCAGUAGUGUCUAAGUUUCCAGUGACUGUGGGACAUGAAGCCACUGGGGUUGUGGAGAGCAUUAGAGAAGGAGUCACUAUGGUGAGACCAGGUGUGACAGUCAUCCCCGUCUUUCUGCGUCAGUGUAGAGAAUGCAAUGCUUGUCGCGACCCAGAUGGCAACCUUUGUGUAAGGAGUGACGUUACUGGUCAUGGAGUCCUGGUUGAUGGCACCACCAGAUUUACGUGCAGGGGCAAACUAGUCUAUCACUUCAUGAGCACUAGUACAUUUACUGAGUACACGGUGGUGGAUGAAACUUCCGUUGCUAAGAUCGAUGAUGCAGCUCAUCCUGAGAAAGUCUGCUGAAUUGGAUGUGGAUUUUCCACUGGAUAUGGGACUGCUAUUAAAACUGGCAAGGUCACCCGUGGUUCAACUUGUGUGGCCUUUGGCCUGGGAAGAGUUGGCCUUUUGGUCAUCAUGGGCUGUAAGUCAGCUGGUGCAUCCAGGAUCAUUGGGAUUGACCUCAACAAAGACAAAUUUGAAAAGGCCGUGGCUGUCAGAGCCACUGAGUGCAUCAGCCCAAAGGACUCCACCAAGCCCAUCAGUGAGGCGCUAAAAGAAUUGACAGGCGACACUUUGGGCUACAGUUUUGAAGUUAUUGGGCAUCUUGAAACUAUGAUUGAUGCCCUUGCAUCCUGCAGCAUGAACUAUGGGGUCUGCGUGGUGGUAGAGGCUCCUCUAUCAGCCAAGAUGCUCACCUAUGACCCAGUGCGGCUCUGCGCAGGACGCACACGGAAAGGAUGCGUUUUUGGAGGUUGGGAAAGCAGAGAUGAUGUUCCAAAACUAGUGACUGAUUUCCUGGAAAAGAAAUUUGACCUGGACCAAGUGACAACCCAUGUUUUCCCUUUUAAACAAAUCAAUGAAGGCUCUGAACUGCUCUACUCACAUCAAAGCAUUCGAACUGUCCUGACAUUUUGA